AGAGUGACGCUGCAGAUGUAAACAAACAGAGGCAGCGCGGCCAUUACAGUUCUCCGGAGUUCCUCAGAGUUCUUCGUUUGACACCUUUACCGUCAAACAAAUCAGGGUAUCAUCGGUCCGUCCGCCCGCCCGUCCGCCGGACAGCAGGGACAUGAAAGACCCGAGCAUCAGCAACGCCGCUCCGAACAUGACGAUCAGCAACGAGGUGAUUCUGAGCAACCAGUUCAACAAUGAGGACAACCCGUUCGCAGAGUACAUGUGGAUGGAGAACGAGGAGGAGUUUAACAGACAGGUGGAGGAGGAGCUGUGGGAGGAGGAGUUCAUCGAGCGCUGUUUCCAGGAGAUGCUGGAGGAGGAGGAGCAGUGGGAAUGGUUCAUCCCGUCUAGAGACCUCCCCUCUCAGACCAUCAGCCAGCUGCAGGAGCAGAUCAGCCUCCUGGUCCUGGAUGCAGACGUCCACGCCGACGCUGACUUCGAUGUUGUGGUGAACAGCAGUCUGAACCCCAACGCCAAGGAGUUCACCCCAGGCAUCCAGAAACAUAUUAUGUGACCCCACCUGGCUCCGCCCCCUACCCCAGUCCUCACUGUGACAUCAUUGACAAGAUGUCUACCGUAUUUUCCAGCCGCCACUCGACCUUCAGCCUGACGUGUUGCCAAAGUUCUGCACUCGCACGUGUUCAAGUUCAGAAUACAUUACUGUUAGCUAACUGCAACCCUCCACCCGUCUGUCUGUGGAAACUCUCUGAAUGUAAAUCAGCUGAGAGGAGUGUUUGUGUUCAUGUUAAACUCAGAACAAACUGCUCUGCUGUCUCCAUGCUCACCUUCGGCUUUUAUUUGCACUUUUCUUUUAUAGAACCUGAGAUCAAACCAGGUGAUCGCAUUUUAUUUGAUCGCCUUUAGCGCCUCCUCCUGUCGAAAAGCACUUUUCUGCACGGUUGGUUUUACUGUGUUAGUUCAGAGUCCGGUCCAGUUCAGAGACGCUCUGGUCUGGUUUAGAUGCGCUCUGAUCCAGUUUGCGUCAGCUUUAGUGCACUGUAGAACCGCUCUGAUCCAGUUUAGAUGUUGUCUAUUCCGCUAUGAUCCAAUUUUGCUUUGGUCUAAUCCAGUUUGAUCCAGUAUAGGUCAAGUUCAGUUUUUAUCUGGUCAACUCUGUUCUGAUCUGUUUCAGAGUUGGUCUGGUCUGGUUUAAAUCCAGUCUGACCCUGUUUUUGUCCAGUUUAGAUAUGGUCCGAUCUAGUUCGAUCCAGAUUCGAGUUGAUCUAAUCCAGUUUGAUCCUGUUUAGAUUUAGCCUGAACCAGUUUGAUACAUUUUUGGAUCCAGUCGCCUCUAGUUUGUUCCGGUUUGGUGUUGGUCUGAUCUAGUUUAGAUCCGGCCUGGUUCAGUUUACGUCAGGUCUUGUUUGCAGAUAAAGUUUAGGGUCCGUACAGGUUGAUCCACCCUCAUUUGGUUCAUCUGGUGUAGAUUUAGUCUUACUCAGUUUGAUCCAGUCAGCUCUGGCCUCAUCAGGUUCUGAGCUUGUUUAGACUGUUUACAUCUGUUUUAGGCAUGGUCUAGUCCACUUUAGAUCCACUCUGAUCUACUUUAGAUCAACACUAAUCCAGUUUAGAUUAACUUGAGUUUAGAGCUGUUCUGGUCCAGUGUGACUUGGUAGUUUUGGUGUUUGGUUUGGUCCUCUCUGGGUUCCUUUGUGUUUCACCCUGCUGGUUCUCUGACUUGUCGUUGCUGCCUCAUUAACUGUCGUGUUGACUUUUUUUCUAAAUGCACAGAAAGUACUGUAUAAAAAGUCACAUAAAGAAAAAAAUAUGUU